GUCCCCAUCCCGCUUCACUGCGGCAGGCAGACGGGUCCCCACUCCGGGCUAACCGCUUCAGAUCGUACCCCCUGUCCAGGCCGCUAGUGUACCAGACAAGGAUGGACCCGUCAAAAGUCAACGUCGUCGCAGCGGCGGGGUAAAAAUUGCCCCGUCAGCCCCUCCAAGAAUUGCGAGAGCGGGCGCAGGGGACGGGGUAGAGGACCGCCUGCUGAAUAAAAGGCGACUGCUUGAAGCUGCCGAACGAAGCCUGCUGCCGCCGUGCUGCCGCCGUGCUGCCGCUGUCGUCAAAAACACUCGGACUCAACUUUUACCUCCCCCCGCCCAUUCAUUCAUUCAUUCAUUCGUUGACUCGCUCAACUCAGCCAACAAUCACCCGGCCGCCCGCCAUGACCGUCGAUCUCGUUGAUCUCCCGUCGAACUUCGACAGGCCGGUGCACAUCGCCGUAAUAGGCGGCACGGGCCUGUCCAGCCUGCCGGGCUACACCCCCGUCGCCGCCCUGACGCCGGUCACGCCGUGGGGCACGCCUUCGUCGCCGAUCCUCAUCCUCGAGCACGCCGGCGUGCCGGUGGCCUUCCUGGCGCGGCACGGGCUGCACCACCAGCUGGCGCCGCACGAGGUGCCGUCGCGCGCCAACAUCGCCGCGCUGCGCGCGCUGGGCGUGCGCACGGUCAUCGCCUUCUCCGCCGUCGGCUCGCUGCGCGAGGAGAUCAAGCCGAUGGACUUCGUCGUGCCGGACCAGAUCAUCGACCGCACCAAGGGCGUGCGGCCCUUCACCUUCUUCGAGGGCGGCGUGGUGGGCCACGUCGGCUUCGCGGACCCGUUCGACGCCGGGCUGGCCGCCGUCGUGCAGCGGUGCGCGGCCGCCAUGCGCGGCGACGGCGUCACCCUGCACAGCGGCGGCACCGUCGUGUGCAUGGAGGGCCCGCAGUUCAGCACCCGCGCCGAGAGCAACAUGUACCGGGCCUGGGGCGGCAGCGUCAUCAACAUGAGCGCGCUGCCCGAGGCGAAGCUGGCGCGCGAGGCCGAGCUGGCGUACCAGAUGAUCUGCAUGGCGACCGACUACGACUGCUGGCACACGACCGAGGAUGUGGACGUGGCCAUGGUGAUGAAGUACAUGGCGGCCAACAGCGAGAACGCGAAGCACCUGGUGGGCGCCGUGCUGGACGAGCUGUGCAAGAACGAGAACAGCGAGCUGGUGCUGGCCAAGAAGUGGGAGGGCAGCGCCCAGGGCGCGGUCAAGUUCAUGACCAAGCCUGCCGGGCGGGAUCCUGAGGCGAUGAAGAGGAUCGAGUAUCUGUUCCCAGGGUUCUGGGCCGAGUGAUGGGGUGGAACUGAGCGGUGGGUGGUUUGUUUUGGGCCUUGCUAGAUAGGAAUGGGUAUCUGGGAGUUGAUAGACGCGGCAGAUGAUAGAUAGACCUGCCGGAGGAACAUAGAACGGCGUUUUAAUGACCAUAGCGUAUGUCAACUGGGAUUUUGCAUGACUGAAUGCCGUCUACUGCAAGAUGGUGCAGACCAUAUGAAAGUAGGUAUCGUCAAUAUCCAUGAAUGCAACCGAGCCGAAUAUGCCCACCAAAACCCCCCAUCCCUC